AUGUCUGAAAGGAAAUCCAUCAACAAGUACUACCCACCGGACUACAACCCACUGGCAGCCGAAAAUGCGGUCCAGAAGGCCGCGAAGAAACUCAAAAGCAAGAACAGGGACUCGAUCACCAUUCGACUAAUGACACCGUUCAGCAUGCGCUGUCUGAAAUGCUCAGAGUACAUUGCAAAAAGCCGGAAGUUCAACGGCAAGAAAGAGCUGGCGAAGGAGAGAUACCUUGACACCAUCAAGAUCUACAGGUUUUCCAUCAAGUGCCCGAGAUGCAACAACGUGAUCUGUUUCAGGACCGAUCCGAAGAGCGCCGACUACGUGAUGGAACUGGGCGGCAAGAGAAACUACGAACCAGCUACCGCCGCGACGGGGGCCGAUAAGAUCGAAAGCGUCAAGGAAACGCUGGAGAGACUCGUCGACGCACAGAAACGGGCAGAAAUCGGCAACGACGCAGACGACAAAAUGGAGGUCCUGGAGAAAAGACUGAUGAAGCUGGAAAGGGAACGAGAAGCAGACGAAGAGCUCGAGCUUGUCAAACGCCUCAACGACGUGAGAAGAGCCAACGAGUCGAAGCUAGCGCACCAGGAGGACGAGGUGCCGACAGACGACGCAGACGCGGACCUGGAUCAGCUGGCUGAAGCAGCAUUCGCUAAACGCAGGUCCGCGCCACAACCACACACCACGGCCCCGUCCCACCAGCGCGUCGCCAAGAUAGCUGGCCUCACCAAGAAGAAGAAGAAGAACCCACUCGGAGUGACAAUCAAAAAACGUUGA